AUGGCACUCACGUCGCCUCCCGUGCUCGACUUCUUCGACCCUCGCCGCCGCACAGUCCUUGAGACUGACGCCGCUCGCUCCGGCGGCCUGGGCUACUGCCUGCUGCAGCAAGACGCCGCAGGCCGUAAGAGCCUUGCGGAGAUCGAAAAUCCGCGGCUCCAGCGGCUACGAGAACGGCUGGCGCCGUUCAACCUGCUCGCCAUCUGGCGGCAAGGCAAGCUGCACGCCAUCCCGGACGCGCUGUCGCGCGCGCCGGUGGAUGACCCGGCGCCUGAGGACGAGGAAGCCGAGAGGGACGCCAGCCAUCAGCUCGCCAGCGUGCUCUCACGGCUGGCCACCGACGGGGCGGACGACGGUCCCAGCCCGUUCAAAGACGCGGCGCUGACAGAGGUGCGCGCCGCCGCCGCCGCCGAUCCGGAGCUCAUCGCACUCACUGACCUGAUCCUGAAUGGGUUUCCAGAGCACCGGUCACAGCUGGACCCGCGCCUCCGACCGUACUGGGGAGUUCGGGACCGGCUGGCCGUAGACGACGGCCUGGUGGUGUGUGGCCAGCGGCUCGUGAUACCGCCCAGUCUGCGGCGCGCCACGCUCGAGCGCCUGCACGCCAGUCACCAGGGCGUCGAGCGCACCAAACGCCGCGCGCGGCAGGUAGUCUACUGGCCGUUCCUGGACAGUGACAUUGCGAACCAUGUCGGAGCGUGCCCGGCCUGCCAGCAGUACCUGCCCAGUCAGCAGAAGGAGCCGCUGAUGCCGGAAAAGACGCCAUCACGAGUGUUUGAGGCUGUCUCCGCUGACUACUUCGCCUGGGCCGGCCGCACGUUCCUGGUAUACGCGGACCGGCUGUCCGGGUGGCCGUUUGUGUCGCACGUGGCCGGCGAGGCGACUGCCAGAGACCUGGUCUGCAGCCUGCGCCAGAUAUUCGCGGCCACCGGCGUGCCCACCACCCUCCGGACAGACGGUGGACACCAGUUCACCGCCCGGCUCACCCGAGAGUUUCUGCGCCGCUGGGGAGUGGAGCACCAGAUCUCUACACCGCACUACCCUCAGUCUAAUGGGCACGCCGAGUCGGCGGUCAAGGCCGCCAAACGGCUCAUCCAGAAGGCGACCAGUAGCGGCGAGCUCGACAUGGACGCCUACGCGCAGGGGCUGCUGGAGCUGCGCAACACGCCGCGCGCCGACGGCCGUUCUCCGGCUCAGGUCCUGUUCGGCCACCCGCUGAGAUCGGCAGUGCCGGCGCACCACCGGGCCUUCGCCGACUGCUGGCAGCGGGCGGCGGACGACUGUGACGCCAGGGCCGCCGCGCAGCAACAGGAAACAGCCGAGCGGUACGACACGACAGCCCGCCAGCACAGCGCGCUCACCAUGGGUCAGCGUGUGCUCGUCCAAGACCCGCGGUCGGGGCUGUGGGACCGCGUCGGCGUCAUCACGGCGGUCGGACAGCGGCGCGACUACCUGGUCCGGCUGCCCAGUGGCCGAGUCUACUGGCGGAACCAGCGCUAUCUGCGACCCCAGAGAUCUCUCAUCUCGGAGGGCGCCGCCACACCUGCACCCGGGCGCCGGCAGCAGCUCGCUCCGAGCUCGGCACCCGACGGCACGGAGGAGACCGCCGCCGCUGCGCCGGCGGGCGGACAGCCGGCACCACCGGUGCUGCGGAACAGCGCCGACGACCCCAGCUCAGUGCGCCGUGGGACGCGCCGCCGUCGCCGUCCGGCCCGACUGACCGUGCGCUGGGCGGACCAGACGUACGACUGAGUUCGUGCGUCCACACCGUGUGUGGUGUACAUUUUUGUUUAUGUGUUAGACGCAAUGCGUAUCUUGUACCGACGCAUGCGUCUUGAGGGGGGGUGUUGUGAUGGGGCACGUUUUCCUUUCCCUUCAUUUGGUCUCACCCCCCGGUCAUAUGGAAGCACAUAAAAAAUAAACAGUUCCAUGGUC